UAAUAUCUGUCAACAAAAAAUGUCAAGUGUAGGCACACCCCCGGCACACCACAUUUACAAUGUAACAGAUCUUUAUAAAACGUACAAUUGUUUAUCAAAAUUAACAUGUUUCAGAAGAAGAGCAUCGGUUUGCUUUUAAAUAAAAAUGUGCUGUCGAAAUUGAAACAUAUAUCGGUGAGAAAUGUCCAAAUUACUGUGAUUGGUGCCGUAGGAGAAGUAGGUGCAAAUUUGGCUCUUCUGCUAAAACAAAACCUCAAACUACACAAACUGAACUUAUACGAUGACGAUGAAAAAAAUAUAGGAGCUGCAAUGGAAUUGGGUCACCUACCUGGAGGACCGCAAGUGAGUGGGUUCACCGGCGUAAAUGGCUUGCAUGCUGCUGUUCGAGGCUCAGAACUAGUCGUGAUGGCUCAGCGAGUACCACGUAAGCCAGGUAAUAGUCGAGAACAAAUGAUUGCUGCGAAUGCUCCCGCUAUGCAAAGGCUUUGCAGGGCAAUCGCCGACGAAAAUCCUGGAGCAUUCCUUGCAAUCUCUACAAACCCACUGAAUUCAAUGGUUCCAUUUGCGAGUGCUCUCUUGUAUAAAUAUGGCGCAUAUAACCCUUUUAAGGUGUUUGGUGUGACGCACAUUGAUUCCGCCCGGGCCCGCAUUUACGCUGCACACGCUUUACAAGUAAGCUGUCGAAACUUAUUCCUCCCCGUAAUAGGAGGACAUUCAGAUGAUACAGUAAUACCACUUUUUUCAAAUAUCUGCCCAAGCGAAUAUACUAUAGACCCAUGUCAAGCAGACACAUUAACGCGUCUUGUGAGAAAAUCGGGGACAGAAAUAGUAUUCCAAAAACAAGGUUGUGAAUCCGCGGUACUGGGUAUGGCGUGGUCCCUUAACGAGUUCUGCAAUUUAAUGAUAGAAGCUAUUUGUGGUGGUGAAGUUGUAGUAAAUUGUUAUACAGCCAAUCCUCACUUUGGAACAAGAUUUUUCUCUGGCCCUACUGUAAUAGGACCUUAUGGUAUCAUACGGGCAUGUUGUGAAUUUACUUACAGUGACUAUGAAUCUUUUCUGGUGACUGCUUCAGUUCCUGUUAUUAAUAGAGACGUGACUCUUGGAGAAGAGUAUGUUAGGUAUAUUGAGUUUGCAAUGAAGCCAAAAUAUUAACAUUUGUAGAUGUCUAUUUACAUAAAACAUAAAAAGAAAUCAAUAAAAAGUGCCAAUUAUUUAAGACCUU